AUGGCCGUAUCUACCUUACCUGGAUUCACCGAGAAAGACACCGGCAAUGAUUCGCCUUCUGAUCAAAACUCGGUCGAGCUAGCCGAGUCCCUGGAGUGGGACGAGAAGGAGGAGGCGAAAGCCAAACGAAAAGUCAAUUUCUCCGUCUUGCCUUGGCUGUUUCUUGGACUACUCGUCUUCCAGCUGGACCGCAUGAACAUUGCGAGCGCCCUGACAGGCGGUUUCGCCGUGGCCAUCGGUGUCUCCCAGGACACUGUCAAUCUCGGCAACCAGCUCAUGUCCAUGGGUAUUGUGCUCCUAGAGAUACCCUCUAACAUGCUGCUUCAGAGGCUUGGUCCUCGCGCAUGGAUUUCGAGUCAAGUAUUCAUCUUUGGCCUUGUCGCCAUGCUCCAGUUUCUCCUCGUCAACCGUCCCGGGUUUCUCGCCUCCAGACUCAUCUUAGGCUUUGCCGAAGCUGGAUACAUUCCGGGGGCAAUCUACACACUCUCUACCUGGUAUCCCAAGCGCGAGCUUGCCCGUCGCGUGGCCAUCUUCUUUUUCGGCAUGUUCGACGGUAACGCUCUCAGUCCCAUCUUGGCCUCUGGCAUUCUACACAUGGACGGAGUCCAGGGAAUGCGAGGUUGGCAGUGGCUCUUUUUGCUCGAGGGCCUCUUCACCAUUUGCGUUUCCUUUUUGCUCUUCUUCGUCCUCCCUGGGUCUCCUGAUCAGCCCCGUCCUCUCUUGAGCCGCGGCCUCAUCCACUUUACGGAGAAAGAACAACGGAUACUCCAGCGCCGCCUCGAGCUUGACGAUGAGUACAGAAAAGGUGGCGCACAGGGCAUGCGCAUCCCCUUAAAACUCGUCUGGCGCAUCGUAUGUCACUAUCGCCGUUGGCCGCACUAUGUGUCUACCUUUGCCGUUUUCUCAACUUGGUCGCCCCUGACGACCUACACUCCGUCCAUUAUCAUGUCUCUUGGUUUCGAUUGUAUCGCUGCCAAUGCUCUAGCAGCAGUGGGCGCCUCGCUGGCCCUCGUUGUCGUUUUCUUCUUUGCUUUUAUCAGCGAUCGCACCAACAAGCGGGGACUUUCUGUCAUUCUAGCCCACCUCGCCUACCUGGUCGUCCUUAUCGUCGCUCGCACUGUCCAUCCCCAUGUCGGUCGGUGGUCACGCUGGGGUCUGUGGACGGCUGUCAACAGCUUGGCCGUCGGAUACCACCCCGUGCAUAACUCGUGGGUGCAGCUCAACUGUCGAGAGCCAGGCGAGCGGAGCAUUGCUAUUGCAAUGUUGGUGAUGUCUGCCAUCAGCGGUUUGAUGGUCGGUACGCGGUAUUUCAGGGGAAGUGAUGUGCCAUUUUACAAUACCGGUCUGCGAACGUUGAUUAUCAUGGUCUCCCUUGGCAUGUUCUUCGCCAUUGUACAGAAGGUCGUUUACAUUGUGCAUAACCGCCGUGUGCGGUCGGGCAAGCACAAAACGAAGGAUGGCUCGCCUCCAUACAUUUAUGUGCCUUGA